GGUUUUAAGCUUCUUUUUAGCUCCUCUCUUCUCUCUUUCUCAUAGCCGAAAAACUCAACCCUCUUCUCUUUCAUAUCUUUUGUUCAGUGAAUUUUAGCUGAAAAAAACCCUAAUUCGAUUAUAUAUAAUAGCUAAAAUAUUCUCGUAAAAAGGCUAGAUUUUGAUUAAUUUUUAUGUGAAAAGUGAGAAGAGAGGGGUUUAAUGGGUGAGGCUACAGCUACAAUGAAUCAAAUGGAGGAAAAUUUGGGUACACAGUUAUCUGGGCUUGUCGGGUCGGAUCAGGGAACGGAUGCGUCGUCGUUGUUUCAUCGGAGGAUUGAGUUUCAUUUGGCGAGAAAGCCGUUUAGUGGGUUUAUAAGUAAUGAUGGGUUUCAGCUGGAAACGCUGAACCCGAACUCAGAGAAAACGGGUAAAGAUAACGGGUUGGUUGUUGGGGGCGGGAAAAAGGUCGGUGAUGCUCAGAUGGAAAGUAAUGGGUUGGAUCCAGAAGUGAGCUUCGGUAUUGCCUUCAGAAAGAUUAUGAGAAUUGGAGCGGGCUUGCAAAAUCUUGGGAAUACCUGCUUCCUCAAUUCUGUAUUACAGUGCCUGACAUACACUGAGCCUUUGGCAGCAUACUUGGAAAGUGGGAAGCAUCAAAAUUCCUGUCGUAUGGCUGGGUUUUGUGCUUUAUGUGCCAUCCAAAAACAUGUGAGUCGUGCUUUGCAGGCAACUGGGAAAAUACUGGCACCCAAGGAUCUUGUGUCAAACUUGCGAUGCAUAUCCCGGAAUUUUCGAAAUGCUAGACAGGAGGAUGCACAUGAAUACAUGGUGAAUCUGCUUGAGUCGAUGCAUAAAUGUUGCUUACCUUCAGGAGUGCCAAGUGAAUCUCCCAGUGCUUAUGACAAAAGUUUGGUCCAUAAGAUAUUUGGUGGGCGCCUUCGCAGUCAGGUGCAGUGCAUGCAGUGUAACUUUUGCUCCGACAAGUUUGAUCCGUUUCUGGAUUUAAGUCUUGAAAUUUUAAAGGCAGAUUCGCUACAGAGAGCACUUCAGCAUUUCACUGCCCGAGAGCUAUUAGAUGGUGGUCAGAGGCAGUACCAAUGUCAGCAGUGCAAACAGAAAGUGAAGGCUACCAAGCGGCUAACAAUUGACAAGGCACCUCAUGUCCUAACCAUCCACUUGAAGCGAUUUGGUUCACAUGUCCCUGGGCAAAAGAUCGAUAAAAAGAUUCACUAUGGGCCUACUUUAGACUUGAAGCAUUUUGUAUCUGAUACCUAUGGUGGUGAAUCGAAGUACACUCUGUAUGGUGUGCUGGUUCAUGCAGGUUGGAGCACCCAUUCUGGUCAUUAUUAUUGCUUUGUUCGCACUUCAAGUGGAAAUUGGUACUCCCUUGAUGACAAUCAGGUGGUUCAAGUUAGUGAGAGAAAGGUGUUGGAGCAGAAGGCAUACAUGUUGUUCUAUGUUCGGGAUAGGAAAUCUCCUGUGCCUAAGAAGUCUGUGGAUGUUGCCCGCAAUGACAAUGUGACUACUAAUGGCAUAGGAAACAAAAUAUACUCUAAUCACAGCCAGAGAUUUAAGGAUACUGUUCAAAAUGGAAUUCAUGUGAAGAAUGUGGAUUCCUUUUCUGGUGCAAAAGAUCAAAGGGAGACAUUAAGUUCCGAAGUUUCAAAGGAAACUUCGACAAAGGGUCUGGCACCCCCAAAGGUUAAUGGUGUAGUAACUAAUGGAUCCUCUUCUCUAGGAGGGGCUGUACAGCAAGAAAAGUCGAAAGUGCAAGAAACAGGUGAAAGAGCAAACGAGUCAUCUGUUGUAGACACAAGGGGUAGACCAUGCUUGCUUAAAGCUAAUCCAACUGCUCCAGUCUCCAAUGGAAUUCAUAGACUUGAAAACAAGGUGGAGACAAGAUGCGAAGACUCUAAUGCACUACUUAAUGGCAAUGUCAAGGAGUUAACCUGCUCUGCUGCAAUACCAUUUAGCUCUAGCACCGUAAACAAUGACAAAGAUCGUCUCCACAAACAAGAAGAGUGCAGCAAGGGAAACACCAACUCUCGAGUGGUGAAAGACAUCUCCAAUGGUAGUUUUGGUGAUUCAGCUGUUAAUAAUGAUGUUGGACAGAGAAAAACAGGUGCGAAAUCCUCCGGAGCACUGAGCCAACCAACUGUGGCUAGCUCGACCGAAAAGGAAGCUAUUGACAAGGCCUGCUUGAAAGCCAAAAAGAAGUCUUUCAAGAGUCGUGUUACCAAGAUGCAUCUCAGCUUUAUGAUCUUAGAUCCAGCCUUAGGACUGCACAGGAAGAAGAAACACAAACGAAUGAAACAUAAAAUUGGAAAGAAAAAGCGCUGCGAUGCCAGUUCCUUGAAUGAGAAUAAUGUCUCCUCUGAUCUUGGGCCAUCUACAUCCGAGCUAUCCCAUACUUUGGUCUCUUCUCCAAUGCAUUCUGAAAGAAAGAGAAAGAAGUCAAAAGUUGGUUCCAAUGAGAAACCUUAUAGUUUAGAUACGAAAACUGCUGGACACAAUGGUGAUCUGCUGAGGAGUACAGUUGAUGAUGUGAGGGUUUUGAACAAUGGCACUGUAUUAGCAAAUGACAAGCAACCACAAAAAAGUUCCAGCUCGGCAUCAGUAGGAAACCAAGGUAGUAACAAUAAACAGUCCACAGAUGCUAAAGAGACCAAAGGAGUUACAACACAGAAAGGUCUGGUGAACAUGCUUACCAGGGGUUUAGAGUCAAGUGUUGCUCGUUGGGAUGACGUAGAAGUUCCUUCCUUGAAUGGUGUUGAAGCACAGAACGGAAAUUGUGUCAGCAUUGGGUACAUUGGGGAUGAAUGGGAUGAGGAAUAUGAUAGAGGGAAGAGGAAGAAGGUUAGGAACUCCAAAAUUGAAUUUGGUGGACCAAACCCUUUCCAAGAAAUUGCAAGCAAAAAGGCAAAGGUAAAGAAAGCAAGUCUUGGGCGAUCUAGCUCUGCAAACCAGCCUUUCAGGAUAUUAUAAUGAAUCUGGACUACGUAUUUUGACUUUAACCAAUCGAGAAACACAACUCGAGUUCCACAGGAGUGUCACUGAGAUGGUAACGGUUGCAUCCCCAGGCCCCAGCUUGGUCCAUAUUAGCUUUGGCUGCUAAGCGUAUUUUUAGCCUACUAUUAGAAGGCUUGAGCAAGUGAUGUGUCUUCUUUCUUCUUUAUCUUGUUCUUCACCAGUGUUUUGCCAUCAGUUUUGUUUUGUGAGGUCUUGAGAAAGAAUGUACCAGUGUGUGGACAUUGUGGAUCAUGAGUCAUGACUCAUUAAUGAAUAACAUUCUGGCUUGAAAAUGUUUUACC